AAUAAUCAAAGUAAUAUUAAAGAAGUUCGAUUCAUUGACAAGUCAGAAUUUUUCUAAUUCUGGAAUUCAAUUGAAAUACUGGCUAACAUUCUGACUUCAUUGUAUCUUUGCUGAACCAUUGAUAGUGAAGGGCCAUCUGUUUAACAGUGCUAUCUCUGACAGAAUCAUGUCCUAUAAUCCUUUAACUGAAACUAUGUCGAUGUCUAUGAGCUGCUUUUGCUUGAAGAAAACGAGACCAAAGACUAAGCUAGGACUAUCCACCGUUCUUGCUUCGGAAACAUCCUUUACUGUGAAUGAGAUUGAGGCUUUGCUUUGCACGUUUAAGAAAUUAAGUAGUGAUGAUGACUUCCUUCACAAGGAGGAGUUCCAUCUUGCACUUUUUGAUAAUGGUAACAAGCAGAAUCUAUUUGCAGAUAGGGUAUUUGAUAUGUUUGACAUCAAGCGUGAUGGAGUAAUUAGCUUUGGGGAGUUUGUUCGCUCACUCAGUAUCUUUCAUCCAAAUGCCUCUGAAGAGAAGAAAAUUGAAUUUGCAUUUAGAUUGUUUGACCUUACACAGAGUGGAUACAUUGAGCAUCACGAGUUGAAGGAAAUGGUGUUGGCUACUCUCACUGAAUCAGAUGUUACAGUUCCCGAUGAUGUUGUUGAAGCAAUUGUGGACAGGACAAUGCUGGAGGUUGAUUCAAAAGGAGAUGGUAAGAUAGAUAAUGAAGAGUGGAGAGAUUAUGUGACAAAAAAUCCUUCUCUUCUGAAGAUCAUGACUCUACCUUAUCUAAAGGAUAUAACUCUGGCAUUUCCCAGCUUUAUUUUGCACUCUGAGAUGGAAGACUAGCUACACUAGGUAGCACACAGUUGCUACCUGAAUACAUUGUAUAAUAUGUUCAAAACACCAUUAACCAGUCCAGUGUUGGCUGCUUCAAAGACAGAAAAAUUAUAUAGCACUCGGAAACACUUUCAUACUGAUAUCCAGAAACACUCUCAGUGUGGCCACAAAACAACUAUAUCUAAAUCCCUAUACUAAUUUUUGGA